CGUCCCUAUUACGGAAAAGAAUUGAGCAUCUUCAGAGAGAAGUACACUUCGGUGCACGGUUACAUCUCCGUCAUAGUAUGUCUGUUCGGCAUCUUCGCCAACAUCCUCAACAUCAUCGUUCUGACCAGAAAAGACAUGAUCUCUCCCACCAAUGCCAUCUUGACGGGAUUGGCGGUGGCCGACAUGUGUGUCAUGUCUUCUUAUUUACCAUUCGCCAUUCACAAUUACAUCAGAGUAGACCAGGCGGACGAAGAUAAAUUUUCGUACGGGUGGGCCGCCUUUACUUUGUUUCACGCCAACUUCACCGUGGUAUGUCACACCAUCUCUAUAUGGUUGACCGUCACUUUGGCCAUUUGGAUAUUCCUCUCGGUUAGUUUCCCAGCUAACGUGGUAAAAUGGUGCAAUAUGAAUCGAGCCAAACUAGCUAUAACUUUGACGUACGUUAAUUGCGCAAUAUUUUGUCUACCCGUUUACUUGACCUUCCAAAUUCACGAAGUGCGUGAGAACCAAGAAGUCACUUACCAGAUAGGAUUUAGUAGAAUCGCUCAGAAAAGACAACAGUUAUUCCAAAAUGUCAAUUUUUGGAUAUUUAGUGUUUUGACCAAGUUAGUGCCCUGCGUGUUAUUAACAGGUUUGAGUCUGGGAUUGAUUAGAGUACUGUACGAAGCGGAUUUGAGAAGACAGAGGUUGAAGAAUCGUUCGGAAUGCGACAAAUCGUGCGAUAGAACCACUCGAAUGUUGUUGGCCGUCUUGUUACUCUUUCUAGUCACAGAAUUUCCAUCGGGAAUUUUGGCUCUUCUUAGCGGUAUUUUGGGUAAAGAUUUUUUCGAUAACGUUUAUCAGAAUUUUGGAGAAAUCAUGGACUUUCUGGCACUUGUUAACAGUGCCAUCAAUUUCUUCCUCUAUUGCUCUAUGAGUCGUCAGUUCAGAGAUACCUUUGCAAAACUCUUCACGCCGAAGAUGGUGACUAAGUGGAUAGCAGUUCCCACGGAACCGGAAAUAAAAGAUCGAUCGUUCAGUUUUGUAGAAGAAAACACCAGAAAUCUAAAUCAUUCCGGAAUUAAAGAUUUCUUCUUGAAAAACUCGAGGAUGAACGACUCUCUGAUAGAAUUUUGGUUGGAAUUUGAUAACCAGAUCAGCUUCUGGAGUAACUUGACUGAAAAUUGGUCAUUUUCUAACGUUUCUACACAUAUCGACUUUCGCGUGGAAGAAGAUCCGUUACGUCCCUAUUACGGAAAAGAAUUGAGCAUCUUCAGAGAGAAGUACACUUCGGUGCACGGUUACAUCUCCGUCAUAGUAUGUCUGUUCGGCAUCUUCGCCAACAUCCUCAACAUCAUCGUUCUGACCAGAAAAGACAUGAUCUCUCCCACCAAUGCCAUCUUGACGGGAUUGGCGGUGGCCGACAUGUGUGUCAUGUCUUCUUAUUUACCAUUCGCCAUUCACAAUUACAUCAGAGUAGACCAGGCGGACGAAGAUAAAUUUUCGUACGGGUGGGCCGCCUUUACUUUGUUUCACGCCAACUUCACCGUGGUAUGUCACACCAUCUCUAUAUGGUUGACCGUCACUUUGGCCAUUUGGAUAUUCCUCUCUGUUAGUUUCCCAGCUAACGUGGUAAAAUGGUGCAAUAUGAAUCGAGCCAAACUAGCUAUAACUUUGACGUACGUUUAUUGCGCAAUAUUUUGUCUACCCGUAUACUUGACCUUCCAAAUUCACGAAGUGCGUGAGAACCAAGAAGUCACAUACCAGAUAGGAUUUAGUAGAAUCGCUCAGAAAAGACAACAGUUAUUCCAAAAUGUCAAUUUUUGGAUAUUUAGUGUUCUGACCAAGUUAGUGCCCUGCGUGUUAUUAACAGGUUUGAGUCUGGGAUUGAUUAGAGUACUGUACGAAGCGGAUUUGAGAAGACAGAGGUUGAAGAAUCGUUCGGAAUGCGACAAAUCGUGCGAUAGAACCACUCGAAUGUUGUUGGCCGUCUUGUUACUCUUUCUAGUCACAGAAUUUCCAUCGGGAAUUUUGGCUCUUCUUAGCGGUAUUUUGGGUAAAGAUUUUUUCGAUAACGUUUAUCAGAAUUUUGGAGAAAUCAUGGACUUUCUGGCACUUGUUAACAGUGCCAUCAAUUUCUUCCUCUAUUGCUCUAUGAGUCGUCAGUUCAGAGAUACCUUUGCAAAACUCUUCACGCCGAAGAUGGUGACUAAGUGGAUAGCAGUUCCCACGGAACAAGCCGUUACGCGUGAUACCACUUGCGUGUGAUUACGCGUUACGAAAGCUUUUAAUUGCGCACAAUAUAAUGUUAACGUUAUAAUUAAAGAAUAAUCGUUCGAAAAAAAGCCAGCUCAAAUUCUAUUUGUUAUAUAAAGUUACGUUGUAUUUAAAGACAAAAGUUGUAAAAUAAAGAUGUUAAAGUCGAGAGAGAAAUUUAAUAUCCUCGUUACAAGUUUAACGGGAGUCGAAGGAAAAUUACGAAGGGAUUAACUCGUCUAUAGUUUUAGAAAACUUAUGCAAAAUGUUUAGAUCUUUAUUCACACGGGAACGAAAUUAAAUUAAUUGAUGUUGCAACGAGAAAAUUUCUAUCUUUCAACGGGUUUCGUUGUUAUUAUUCCACCGUCGUUCACUCUUUU